GUAGCUGUGUGAGGUCGAGUCACUUCAAGAAUAUUAUUUGCGAGCUCUGUCCCCAUCAACCAUAAGACCUCUCCAUCUUGGCCCCAAUUUACCUUGACACGCAUCAGAAAAACUCUCAGCCAUGACACAGAAAAUCAGAGCGACAGACGAUGUCCUACGAUCUAUUCCCGAUCCUGGUCAAGCCGCCGUACUACCAAAGGAUGGCGAAACGAACAUUCUCAUCACGUCUGCCUUGCCUUACUGUAAUAAUGUACCCCAUCUUGGAAAUAUCAUAGGAAGUACCCUGAGUGCGGAUGUUUUCAGCCGAUACAACCGGACAAGAAAUAGACGCACCCUUUAUAUUUGUGGAACUGAUGAAUACGGAACCGCCACGGAGACGGCGGCUCUUAAGGAGGGGAUAACUCCUAGAGAACUAUGCGACAAGUAUCAUGCCUUGCACAAAGAGACAUAUGAGUGGUUUGAUAUUGGUUUCGAUCUCUUUGGACGCACUUCGACUGCUAAACAUACCGAGAUAUGUCAAUCAAUCUACCUCAAUCUCGGUCAGCACGGAUAUCUAGAAAAGCAGAUUAAAGAUCAGACCUAUUGCGAAGGGUGCAAAAAGUUUUUAGCUGAUCGUUACGUAGAGGGCAUCUGUCCUCACUGCAGUUAUAUCGAUGCUCGCGGUGAUCAAUGUGAUGGAUGCAGCCGCACGCUAGAUGCUAUCGACCUGAUCGAGCCUCGAUGCUUGGUUGAUAAGACUCACAAUGUCGUUGCACGUUCUUCUUCGCAUAUGUACUUCAAGUUAGAUUCCGCUCAGCCAGCCUUAGAAGAGUGGAUUAAGAAGUCAUGGAAGAAAGGAAAGUGGUCUCCCAAUGCCACGAUUAACGCCGAUGGCGAGAUUGUCGACGCACGCAUGAAAAGUGGCCUUAAACCUACUCCGGUGACACGAGAUCUUGCCUGGGGCGUCCCUAUUCCACCUCUUGGUCGAGAAGAUGACAAGGAGAUGAGUGGAAAAGUAUUGUACGUUUGGUUCGACGCAGUCAUCGGCUAUGUCAGUAUCACGGGAGAAUAUACCCCGGAAUGGAAACAAUGGUGGCUCAACCCGGAUAAUGUUCAACUAUACCAAUUCAUGGGUAAAGAUAAUGUAUACUUUCACACUAUAUACUUCCCCUCCAUGCUGCUCGCGGAUGGCAGAAAUUGGACGACACUCCAUCACCUCUCAACUACCGAAUACCUUAAUUACGAGGGCGGAAAGUUCUCUAAGAGUAAAAACCGCGGCGUGUUUGGGCCCGCCGCUAAGGAGACUGGAAUUCCUGCUUCAGUAUGGCGAUAUUACCUUCUUUCCACUCGUCCAGAGACCGCGGAUGCCAUGUUCUCAUGGGCGGAUUGUAUCGCCGCCAACAACAACGUCCUCCUGAAAAACUUUGGCAACUUCGUCAACCGUGCCCUCAAGUUCCUCUCCUCCCAAUACGAUAGCGUUAUCCCAGAAAGCGGCGAUGCCCCUGGUCCUCUGUCCCCCAACGACCCCCUCGAUGCUGAGUUCAUCAACGAUGUUAACGGGCUCCUGAAAGAAUAUAUCGACGCGAUGGAGAGCGUAAAAAUUCGCCUUGGUCUGCAAAUUAUCAUGCUCAUCUCCAGCCGGGGUAACGGCUACCUACAAGCCUCGGGCUUGAACAAGGCGUUAAUGACAGAGAACCCACAGCGAUGCGCUCAGGUCAUAUCGCGCGCAGUCAACCUCAUCUAUGUCCUAUCAGCCCUCAUAUAUCCAUUCAUGCCCGCCACCUCAGAUGCACUUCUAGUACAGCUGAACGCGCCAGCGCGCGUGGUCCCUGAGAUCGGCCAGCCGGAGCACCUGUUCAAGAACAUCGACGAGAAGAUGGACCAGGUGUGGAAGGAGCGCUUUGGCGGUGACGAGUCAUCCAAGAAAGAGGAGGAGGCACCUACUUCGAAACGCAAGGCAAAGAAAGCGGCCGCCGGUGUUAACGCUGCGCCGGAUGCUGCCACAGCCAAUGGCCCGAAAUCGCCUGAGGUUAUCUCUUUGGAAGCAAAGAUUUUGGAGCAGGGACAAGUUGUACGUGGGCUGAAGGAGAGUAAGGAGCCGAAAGAUGUUGUAGAUGUUGCGGUGACGGAACUGAAGAGGCUAAAAGCUGAACUUGUCUUGCUGGAGAAGUCAAAAAACUAG